CUGUCAGGUGAUUUAAAAUUGUGAGGCUCAAGUUUAAUUUUAAUCAAAUGAAAAGCGUAUAUCCUAUGUGUACACAUGAACUAAUUUUUCGGACUUUAUUGUUAGACUUCCAUUUGCUACAUCAAGUCAGAAAAUUAUCCAUUACCUGCGCUCUCAAUAUGUCAGGAAUAAGCACAAAGGAUUCAAAUCCUACAUAUCCUGAGGCGCGUAUAGAUACAAUUGUAGAGAACUACCAUGGCACAGAGAUCAAAGACGCUUACCGCUGGCUCGAAAAUCCGGAUGCGGAUGAAACACAACAAUUUGUGGAUUCUCAGAACAGCAUUACUCGACCCUACUUGGAAAAUUGUGAAGAGUGGAAAAAAAUUAACGAAAAACUAAAGAAUUUGUGGAAUUACCGAAAAUUUGGAUGUUACAAGAGAUAUGGAAAAUAUUAUUAUUACUUCAGUAAUACGGGGUUGCAAAAUCAAAGUGUUCUGUAUCAGCUAAAAUCAUUGGAUAGCGAAAGCAAAAUAUUUCUCGAUCCGAAUACUUUAUCUGAUGACGGAACAGUGGCAUUAACCACAAAAUCGUUUUCUGAAAAUGGAUGCUAUAUGGCUUAUGGCCUGAGCGAAAAUGGAUCAGAUUGGAACAAAAUACGAAUACGAAGCGUUGAAACUGGCAAAGACUAUGCUGAGGUGCUUGAGCGUAUAAAGUUCUCGAACGUCUCAUGGACAAAAGAUAAUAAAGGUUUUUUUUAUGCCCAGUACCCCCAUCAAGAGGGCAAUAUCGAUGGAUCCGAGACAAAACAGAAUGAGAAUCAAAAAUUAUACUACCACAGAAUAGGAGAAUGUCAAGAUAAAGAUACCUUAGUCGCGGAGUUUCCCGAAGAACCUGCAUGGCGGAUUUCACCUGAAGUGUCGGACUGCGGUAAAUAUUUGAUACUGCUUAUUCACGUCACAGUGCGUGACAAUUUGAUAUAUUACGCUGAUCUGGAUCUAGACAAAGAUAUAACAACCAAACUAGAAAUAAAACCGAUUGUUCGAGAAUUUGAUGCAGACUAUCACUACGUAACCAAUGUAGGAUCGAAAGUCUAUUUUUGCACAAAUAAAAAUGCGCCCAACUAUCGUCUGAUUUCGAUUGACUUUGAUGCGCCGGCUGAAAAUAAUUGGUCAACAGUAAUAACUGAAAAUGAAAGAGACGUUAUGGACUGGGUUAAAUGUGUUCACGACGAUAAACUUAUGGUAUGUUAUAUACGAGAUGUGAAAAGUAUUUUACAAGCUUAUGAAUUGAAAACGGGAAAAUUAAUUAGGCAGUUCGAUCUGGAUAUUGGCACUAUUGUUGAAUUUUCGGGAAAAAAGAAGCUCUCUGAAAUAUUUUACCAAUUCUCGUCGUUUCUUAGUCCUGGACUGAUUUAUCAUUACGACUUUCAGAAACCGGAUAAUCCGCCAUCAGUUAUUCUUGAAAUCGAGUUUAAGCUAGAUGGCUUCCGUAGGGCUGACUACGCCAUAGAGCAGAUAUUUUAUAAGAGUAAAGAUUCAACCGAAAUUCCAAUGUUUAUAAUAUCAAAGAAGCGAGAGAAUAGAGAACCACGUCCUUGCCUUCUAUACGGCUAUGGCGGUUUUAAUUACAGUAUCAUGCCAUCGUUCGGUAUUACCGGGCUAAUGUUUAUCGAUACUUUCGAUGGAGUUUUGGCCUAUCCGAAUAUUCGUGGAGGUGGCGAGUAUGGGAUUAAGUGGCACAAUGGCGGUAGACUUUUAAAUAAGCAAAACGUUUUCGAUGACUUUCAAUCUGCAGCAGCCUAUUUAAUCGAUAAAAACUACACCACCAAAGAUCGAUUGGCUAUACAAGGUGGCUCAAACGGUGGACUUCUUGUAGGCGCAUGUAUCAAUCAGCGCCCGGACUUAUUUGGCGCCGCAGUGGCUCAAGUAGGUGUCAUGGAUAUGCUUCGAUUCUGCAAUUUUACUAUUGGGCACGCUUGGGUCUCUGAUUAUGGGAAUCCCAGCGAGAAAAAACACUUUGAAAAUCUUUUAAAGUAUUCGCCACUACAUAAUAUUCAUAUCCCUGAGAAUGAUAAAACGGAAUAUCCGUCAACACUGAUAUUAACUGCUGAUCACGAUGACCGUGUGAGUCCUUUGCAUUCCUUAAAAUUUGCGGCCGCCUUGCAAGAAGCCGUGCGCAAUUCGAGAUUCCAAAGAAAUCCAAUUUUAUUGAGAGUAUACACAAAUGCUGGUCACGGCGCCGGCAAACCCACUUCCAUGAGAAUUCAGGAGGCCACAGAUAUUCUGACUUUUUUUCUGAAAAGUCUUAACAUCGACGCGGUUAAUCUGAAAAAAUAGUUCAAAUUGUAAACUUUUCUUGUUUGUUUAAUAUAAAAAUUGGAGUCAUUCGGUAUAUCCUCUUUAGACAAA